GAAUUGUCAAGUCGUCACGGAAACAGUCGAGUGUUUGUUUUGGUUUUGUCGAGUUAUAUCGAAGGAUUGCCAGGAAGCACAUGGGCGGCAAUACAUGUAAACUAAUAGCAAAUUAACCUACAAAACGUUCCAAGAAAAGAGGAGCUUACAUAAAAAAAAUAUACCCCUAUUCACUACCAGCCGACCACACACACACAAAGAAAAACUAACAACAUUAUAACAAAAGGUUUCGACGGUACUAUUAAAGCAGCACGGUCCCGAAAGCGCAGUCGCGCGUCCGCGCUAGCUAGUCUUGAGUGGUCGAUCCUAACCCUAACCCUAUCCCUAACCCUAACCCUGUCUCUAACCCUAUCCCUGUCUCUAACCCUAACCCUAACCCUGUCUCUAACCCUAACCCUAACCCUAUCCCUAACCCUAACCCUGUCUCUAACCCUAACCCUAACUCUGUCUCUAACCCUAACCCUAACCCGCGUGUGCAAAUGAAUACGUGUUUAGGGUUAGGGUUAGGAUCGACCACUCACAACUAGCUAGCGCGUUCGGGACCGUGCUGCUUUAGUAGUACCGGUUCCGACAUUUAUUGCCAGUAGCGGAAUCCCUGCAAAACCUAAAUUCUCCCCUCCUCCCAAUCACGAAGGACAAGUGCCCUUCUCCAUCUGUCAUUAACCUGUCUCCCGACCCAUGCUCAAAGUAACGCCAUUUAUGAGUAAUGUUUAUCACAUAGCAACCGUAUAGCUUCUGCGCCUUAUGCUCUUACUGCAUCGCUUUAAUUAUAUCUUAGGAAGAAAGUAGCAACAGAUGUUUCACAUAAUUGCAAGUAACACGACACCACUUUCGAUGCUAAUAUUUAGUCGGAACAUAUAUACACAACAGGCACGGACAUAAUUUUUUUAAAUAUAUCUAAAAGUUAUUAAGUAUAAAAUUUAAUAGAAAUAAGUAUCUAGAAAAAAAAAAUUAAUUAUAAAAUAAAUUCUUGAAAAUAUUUUUGUUAAGCAGACUAAAACUGACAGGCAAAAAGACACGGUGGGCGUGUCGAAACUAUACCGUUAGGUGACUGACUCAUCCGGAUUCUAGCUCAUAUAAAAUUAUGCAAGUAUUUACUUAACUUUUGAAAGAAUCAAAGUCUUAAUUUCUGAAGAAGGAAGUCGUAGGACAUCAUUCAAAUUAAUUUUCAUUGCGUUAUCAGCUAAAAAUAUCUCCUUUCAGGAAUGAUCAGAAAAUGGUGGAAUUGUUGCUGUCCCAGGAUCAAAUACAACUGAAUAUUCAAGACUAUGAUGAUAAACAAACACCAUUGCAUCAUGCUGUCUCCAAUGGACAUGUGGGACUGAUUCAUGCUUUAGUGUCGAAAGGGGCUGAUGUUAAUGUUGGUGAUAUGUAUGGAGUUACUUCUCUUCAUCUAGCCUUGAAGAAAAGGAAGUUUGAAUCUGAGACUAAACACAUUGAAGCCUUAGAUAAGUGCUGUUUAAAGCUUGGUCUUGUUAAAGAAGCCAGACUUUCUGCUGCUGUAGUGGUUAGCUAUCUAGCAGAGCAAGGAGCAGACCUAUAUUGUAGAAACAUCUACAAUACCAAACCAAUUGAUCUCAUUGAAGAUAAAGAUCUGAAAUGGAAACUAAAAGAACUUUACCCACCUCGAUUGGAGAAUCCAUUGUGUAGUGAUAGUCAUGGCAGUGAACAUGAAGUGACAGAUUCUCAAAAACUGGAUGACAAGGACAUUCUCAUUAUAGCAAAACUAUUAGCAAACACAUGGCGGCAAGUUGGAAUUUUUCUGGGGUUAAAAAGUACACAACUAGAAAAUAUCAGGUCUGAUAAUCCUUUUGACAUAGAAGAACAGUGCUUCCAAAUGUUAAGAAGGUGGUUCCUGAGUUCCUGAUCAGAGAAAAGUCCUCUUGAUAUUCUAAAAAAAGCUCUCAACGAUGCAGAGUGUUUUGAAGCUAUUCACUAUUUAUCGACUAAAAAAAGUUAACGUAACAAGGUGUAUUCCUGAAGUUUAGAGAUUUUUUUAAGGAGCAACAUUAACUUCUAAGUUUUGUACUCUAGCCCCUUUGUGAAGGUGUCCAAGAUCCUUGUCACAACCUCUUUCAUCUUCUUAAAGCCUUCAAAUCAAUUGCCCCUGAGGUUCUCCUUCAGCUUGGGGAACAGCCAAAAGUCACAGAGAGCAAGGUCUGAGAAGUAGGGAAGGUGAGAGACAGUUUCUGCACCUGUUUCUGUCAAGUAAGUUGGUUACCAGGAUGGAAUUAUGGACUGGUGCUGGUCCCACCAACCCAAGUGGAAGAACUCUGGCCUUCUGUGACAAAGUUGUUUCCUGAACUCUUUCAAAACCUCCAAAGAGUACUUUUUUGUUGACCAGAGAGAACCCAGUGGAUGUAGAUGAUAACCUUGUUGAAAAAGCGGGGGAUCAUCAUGAGCUUCCUGGUGGACUUGCUUUGCCUGGCUUUCUUGGGCCUGGAGGUCUCUUGUCUCUUCGUCUAUAGAUCAUAAUAGAUUCAGAGACUCAAGUACUCUUGGAUUAGAGACAAUGAGUUCAACUAUCUCCCUGCUGUCAACAAUGCAUCUUUUUAUUUGUUGGUUACUAAGUGCCCUGGGAACAAACUUUAUACAAAUUUUAACCAUGUUCUGAUUUUUAUGAGUAAUUUUGUGUAUAGUUGGUACACCAACUCCAUACUCUAUUGUCUUUAUAGACACAUGACAGUCUUUAUCCAGAAAUUUUCAAAUUUUCUCAACCAGCUUUGAUGUUAUAGCAUCCCUCUCUACUCUUGAGAGAACAGCCUUGAACUUCUUGUGACUGAAAAAACAGUGCUUCAUACAAGUUAACUCAUGAACUGUCUGGAGCAUCUCAUAAGUUUUUGUAGCAUUGUUGCAAGUUUAACACAAAACUUUAUCACAUAGUGAACAUCCAAAUUGUCUUCAUGUCCUGACUGCAGUCUGCAAACAAGACAGCUGUGACAAUUAGUGUUUAGUAGAAAUGCUACUCUUAAAAAAAAGGUUUCUAAACUUCUCGAAUGCAUCUUGUAAAUGUUCUUGUUGUUUGGCUUCAGGCUAACCUUGAUGGAGCACAUCUAUAAUUAGUCAUUCUAUUCAUGACAAACUUGUCUUUUUUUUUUGUGUGUGUAUGUGAUGAAUUGAGGACCACAUUAUCCAGAGCCUCUUUGUUUAAAAAAAGUGGUAGGGUGUGACUUGAGGGGGAUUUGGCUACCAUUUCUAGCAUGUACCUCUGGUCAGUAGAGAUAAGCUUUUGAAAUAAAGAUGAAUUUAAAAAACCAUAA